AUGACUAUUUUACUGCUCGGUGGCCGAGGCAAGACCUCCAGCCGGAUAGCCAAGCUGCUCCAGGGCAUUAACGCCCCUUUCCUCGUCGCCUCGCGGUCCACCGACCCAGCCUAUCCGCACAAGCAGGCGCACUUCGACUGGCUGAACGAGCAAACCUACGAAAGUCCAUUCACCACCGCUGCGGCCGCCGGAAUGGCCCCGAUCUCCACCGUAUACCUGGUUCCGCCGCCGGUGUUCGACCUCGCGCCGCCGAUGCUGCGAUUCAUCGACUUCGCGCGGCCUCGCGGCGUGCGGCGGUUCGUGCUGCUCAGCGCCAGCACGAUCGACCUCGGAGGGCCCGCGAUGGGCCAGGUGCAUGAGUAUCUGGCCAAGCUGGGUGGCGGGAUUGAGUAUGGUGUGCUUCGACCUACAUGGUUCAUGGAGAACUUCUCCACCCGCGGGGAACCACAACACCAGUCCAUCACCGCCGAUAACACGGUGUAUUCGGCGACGGGCAGCGGCAAGAUCCCCUUCGUCUCGGCCGACGACAUUGCGCGCGUUGCCUUCCGGGCGCUCACGGAUGCGGUCCCGCACAACAGCGAUCAUGUCAUUCUCGGCCCCGAGCUUCUGUCUUACGAGCAGGUGGCGGGGGUCCUGUCAUCGCAUCUCGGUCGCAAGAUCACGCAUACGGAUCUCUCCGAGGCGGAGUACGCCAAACGGCUGGAGGCCACCGGUAUGCCCCCGGAUGAUGCGACGAUGCUCGCGGGCAUGGAGACCAUGAUCAAGGAGGGCGCGGAGGAGCGGUUGAAUGAUGUGGUUCAGCAGGUGACGGGUGCUGGGCCGAUGAGCUUUGAUCAGUUUGUGGCGAGGGAGAAAGAUUGCUGGGCUUGA